GCUACGCAUCUAUACAGGAGGCGGGCGGCAAGGCGGAUUCCGUGAAACAGCGGUGCUUGUUAGAUCCCCUGAAUAUACGCCCUCCAAAAAAAAUAAUGUUUUUUAUUUGACACCACCGAAUAAUCAUUCGACCUAGUAGAAACGAGCAGCGAAACGGCGUCAUGGGCCCCAAGAAGUCGCACGCGUCGGCGGGGUAUAUGAUCCACCUCGUCUGCCCGCAUUGCGCAAAGGAGUUUAACGGGAACUCGAGCACGAGCGGGGUGCGCAGCAAUUACCGCCGCCACUUGCUCGUCCACACCGGCGAGCGGCCCUUCCCCUGCCCUUACUGUCACGACGGCUUCACGACGAUGCAAAAUAUGCGUCGCCACAUCGCCGCCUUUCACGCGAGGCACCUGACACCGCCAAACGGAGCGCAGAAGGAGGCGGACAACGUCGAGCCUGUUGCUCCGAUGCCCCCGCUGGAGCUACCGACGGCCACAGUGUUGUCUUCCUCGCCAGCAGCGAGUUCAACUUCUUCACGGCACGGCAAACCAAUUACGGAAACGGGUUCCGUCGAACCGAAUGGAUUGACCUCCUCCUCUUUGACUGGGUCGCAAACGGUAUCGGAGCGGGCCUUUGACGGUGCAUGUCAGCGGCAGCAACAAAUCGCGGUGGAGCGGCAAGAGCCGCCUGCCGUCUUCAUCUGCGAGGACUGUGAGCUGGAGGUGAGCAGUCAAGCAAAGCUACGUCGGCAUCAACGGUACUACUGCCCUUUCAGGGACAACAUCUUUACCGAUCCCGUGCAGGACGCCUUGAACCGCUAUAGAGCAGCACAGGAGCUGCGGGAGGACGAAGAGAGCAGCGGUGACAGCAAUUCUGCCGGGAGCGAUGUGCUUUCCACGGAAAGCGGAGGCAACCGCCGCGACAGCCCCGUUCGUCGCCAUCGCCGACGCAGUAAAAAGAACACCUCUGUGCUGGUGCUGUCCAAGGAAGAGAAAGAUUAUCUUACUCGCGUUGCGGCGCAGAGCGGGCUGAAGUUUGUGGAGGACGCGUACGCGAGUAACAGCGGCAGCGACGACACAGGGCAAGAGAGUGACAGCUCCAGCUCGCACGCCGAGGCGUCGGAGAGUGAGGGGGAUGCUGACACGAUGCCACCCCUGCGCUCGCGCCACCACGCUGACCGCAAAGGCAGGUGUGGUAAGUCUCUCAGCCCCCAUCGUAUGCUUUCUUCGCCCAUUCGUCAGGUAUCUCCGAAGCGCACCCCGCUGCAUGGAUCGCUUCCUUCGCCGGACAAGCGGCCCUCGCAGAGUCCGCCGUUCCAGCUGACUCGGGCGGAGGGGGUGACAGCGUCCUCUGGCGCACCGAGGAAAGGCUGUGACCGCCGCGAAGGCAGCGACGACGAAGAGGGCGGCGUCGGUCUCGAUGGGGAUCUGUUGCGUCUUCAUUUCCACCGACGUGGCAGCGGGCACAAACGCGAGCGGCACAUCUUGCAGAGGCGGCUCCGAGCACAGGAAGGCGCCUUACUAGGACUCACCAACUCCCCGCCGCGCCGUCCACAGAAGCGGCACCGCGCCGAUCCAACAUGGGAUGUCAGGGGGGAGGCACGAGCAGAUGACGGAGCGCGUGCAUCCACCACCAGUUCCGUAAUGGCUCCGCCUCUUCAGGAGCUGCAGCAAUCGCCCAAUCCUACUUCCCUGGUGGUGUCGGAGCACUUGCUUUCCAGGGCAGAUAGUCUUCUGAGGCUCAGCUGGAGCCCGGCCUACAGAAACAAGACGAGCGUCACGUACGAGGUCAUUUGCCCGUACUGCAACGAUUUUAGCGUCUUUCCAAAUAGGCGGCAACUGUCGCAGCAUAUGCGACGGAUGCACCCUGCUGAGACGGCGCGCAACGCAGAACGCGCAGUCGCGCACGAGCCCGCAAAAACGGAUGACUACCCCUCGCCGCCGUCUUGA